AUGUGUUUGUGAUUCCUAACUACUCGAAGACAACUUCACCUUAAUUUUAUCAUUUCAUGCCACUUGUGCCUUAUUUUAUGCUAAGCUUGAUUCUAUUUUUAUACACAGUUACCAAUUUUAAUCUGAAGCUGGCUGAUUGCUCAUUUUUAACCGAUCAGAAUUGUACAUAAACUAUACAAGACGCGACUAUUGUACAGAAGUUGUAGUUGUUAGACUUGGACUUUAUUACGUCCAUCAGUAUAAUUUGUAUUCUACUUAAUUUAUUGAAAUACAAUUUGAGUUGCCAAUUUGUACCACCUGUAAUUUGUGAUUAUUUUAUAAACUGUCUGCUAUGGACAAUCAGUCUUUGAAAGAGGCUCGCUUAGUGCCAGAUAUGGAGAGAAGUGAUGCUGCCGCUGGACCAAUAUCUCGAUCUGAACAACCUUACACGGAGGUAGGCGAAGGAAAUGAGGGUGUCGGUGGAUCUCAACGAAACCGUAUCCGGGGUCCCAGAAGGAAAAAAGCUGCAUUAAGUCGACAGAACACUUGGAAUAGCUUUGAGACAUGCGAAGAUGAGGAUGGUGAUGAGGGGGAGUGUGAUUUUGAAGGUUCCGAUAGAGAUAUGGAUUUCUGUGAGCUGAGAGUUAAGCUGGACAGACGAAAAAUCGAAUCAUUCUUCAAUGAGUUUGGAAUUGACUGUGGAGAUUUCUUACUAACUGUUGCGCAAAAGCAGCAAGUGAAUUUUGGAGGAUUGUCAGUAAUCUGUUCAGGACAACGAUUGAAGAAAGAUCCCUUUCUGAAGAUAUCGGGCAAGACUGCAGCUGUUCAGAGGGCAGAAAAGAGCAUAUCCUCGAUCAUUUCACCAAAGAGCAUGAUCUCUUCGGGUGGGGGUCUUGACAGGAACGGAGGUGGGGGAGGGGGAGUGGGCGGGAGAGUGACUCUGAAGGUGGACAUCGGACACACUGAGCACUCCCACAUCAUUGGCAAGGGAGGCAACAGUAUCAAGGAGGUGAUGCAGAGGACCAGCUGUCACAUCCACUUCCCGGACUCAAACAGGACUAACACUGAAGAGAAGAGCAACCAAGUGAGCAUCGCCGGAUACCCCAUGCACAAUGUGGAGGUUGCCAGAAAGACACUGCGGGGUGUACAACAGUUGGAGCUUUCGUUUGAGUUGCCAGUGUGUACAGUGCUCGCAUCUACAGCUGCAGACUCUGGUGCAGUUAUUGGGACAGUCUCAGACAUCAACCCACACAUAGAUCGAAAAUAUUCACGAUCGGGUGCGCCUGGCUCAGUUCUGGCAGGAGCUCCAGACUUGUCCAAUCCAGUGCUACAAAAGAUAGGCCAAAAGUAUGAAAUCAACAUAUCUGUGGACAAGGCCCCGAGUGGUCCAGGAGCAGCCGGGUGGGGCAGCCCGUUCAACGCGGGAGCAGAAGCAAGAAAUGCCCUGGGACUGGGGGAAGAUGUACCCACUAUCGUUUUUACUGCCAAAGGUGCCGUCAGCAAUGCUGAGAAAGUUAAGACGGGAACCCAAGAGCUUAUGGACUAUUUGACACAAAACUACACGGUGCCCCUGUCAGUGCAGACGACGAUAGAUGUGAGUCCGCAGCACCAGGCGUUUGUGUUUGGAAGAGAUAGGUUCAACGUUCAGAGGAUUAUCAACAAAACCAACUGUCUGGUCAGUCUUCCAGAUCCCCAGCACUGUGCCAGUCUGCCGCCUGCCAAGAGAGGCACUGUUUACAUUCAGGGAAACAUCGAAAGUGUGGUAGCAGCCCGACAACUUCUCAUUGCCAGCUUGCCCGUUGUGUUUCUGUUUGACGCUCCGAUGGACCUAGCAAGCAGACAGGAGGAGAUUGAAGCCAUAUCGCACAAGUUGGACUGCCACAUCAACGUCAAGUACAAGCCCAAAAUGGCCGCCUCCAGUGUAGUCGUGAAGACAUUCGAGAGGAACAUAGCCGCCUGCUAUGAAGUCAGACGCCUUCUAGGUUAUGACGACGAGGUCAAUCCGGCAGGGGAGCCAGUGGUUGUUCCAAACAACAGAUAUCUGAACCAGGAGCAGAAAAUGCAUAUGGAGACGAACUACGGAGUGCCGAUGCAAGUGCCCCUGCCAAUGCAAGCAAUGACGCAAUACCAACCACAGCAGAUGUCGGGAAUUCCUGGUAGUUCAGGACAUGUGCAGUGGGGUCCAAGUGGAGCAAAAGCAAUUCCCAAUAGUCUGCGUCUUCAGAAGGACGCUAUUGCGACCACUGCCUGUCCUCAAGCCAUGAUGAACAAUCCAUUCUACCAGCAAUUGAUGAUGAAUUCGAUGCUGCAGUCACAACAGACCAUGUUUGAGCAUCUAUUGGCCAAUCAGCAACAGUCACUAACGCAAAUGGGUAGUUCACAGACAAGUGCACAAGCACUCAAUGCUGAACAGAUUCUACUGCUGCAACAAUUGAAUGCCAGUGUUCAGCCCAGUGCAUCAGCAACUGCAGGAUCGCCUCUCUCCCGUCAGUUGAUGGCUGGAUACUUGGAAGAAGAACUGAACAGAAUGCAACUACAACUGGACAGACAUGUCUCUGCUUCUACUGCUACUGUUGUAAGUGAGACAGAUAAUCAAGUUCGGAGACAGAACUCACUGGAGCAGAUGAGCAGUCUCAAGGUCCCAGUGCCAACCGAGCACUCUGGCGACGAGCGUUGUUCCGUCUCAUCUGACAAUGCAUCCGGCACUUCGCCUGACAAACUCACCGUCAACACUAAUCCUAAUUGUGAGGUGGAAGCUGAUGAUAAUAAUAACAACAGGAGUCGACCACCUACCGCUGCUGUAUCUGCUGCCGGACAGACCGAAUCUAAUACUAGAGAUCAAGGAAGUGGAAGUUUCGGAGCAUCUUUCAACGGCAAUCCUGCAUCAGUCCCAGAGAGUCAUGGUAACGUAGCAGCGGCUUCCCUGACUAGUUCACUUUUGAUUGAAUUGGCCAAUAGGAAAGCAGGAAUUGCUGCUGACGUGUCCGGACAACAAGGAGCACAGUCUUUCCCCGACCAGAAUAGACCAAAUUUUGUAGGAUUCGGCGACGUGAAUGAAGGUGUGUCUACCACUGGAAGUGUCGUCACUAAUAAGACCUUGACCCCGGGAGCAGAUACGGAUACCCAAAAUGCAACAUCUGAACAGAGAGACAGACAGCAGAUGCCACUGGCUGAUUCAGCCUUCUUUAAUAGUCUGCUAGUUGAACAAGAUCGGAAGCGGCUAGCUGCUCUGCACGCUAUAGAGCAGGAGGUCGGAGAGCAGCCAGAAUUGCGCAUUCCUAACUUGGGUUGGGCUGGUAUGGGCUUUUCAAGGUCUAUGCCUUUGUCAGCAUUGAAAGCACUGGGAUUGAAGAUAAACAGCGCCGGAGUCUUAGAUGCCACCGCGGCAACAGCAGCGGAUGUGCAAAAUUCCAACGGAGUUAGUGGGAGCAACAGUAGACUGCUUGCUAUAAACAGAGACAGUGUUUUUGAAGAGGACGAGGACGACAAAGCACGCACUCAGUUGUCGCCAGGGGGUGCAAGUAGAGACGCGUGGAAGUACGAUGCCAUUCACUCCAACCCCAGCGAGAAACAGAUCAGCAAACAUGGUGCACCAGGUGACAGGCCUCUUUCAUUUUCCAAUUCUAACUCGUCCCUUGGAAGCCUAAAAAGAAAUGAACCAGGAGCAGUAAAAGAGGAGAGCGCGGAUAACGAUGACGAUAAAUUGACUUCGAUGAAUCUAAAUGCGAAACCAAGCUCAAACUAUUAUAUGCGAAGAGACAAUAAUGCGAACUUCGCCAUUUCAAAUCAAGUUGACGUUCUUUCCAGAGUAUUCCGGAGACAGCCUAUAGCUUCUAUGGGCAAACCGCUCAACUAUAACACAUCAACAUUUGGUAAUUUUGGUGCGGACAAUGUGUACUCGCAGAUGGGUUCCGUGCAAAGAAAUGAACCCGAGACCAGUUCGGAUGCCAAGUCAGAGUUCCAGUCCAACGUGUUGUCCCAUGGAUCUUUUCCAGCAUCAAGUAAUGUGGAAACUGUGGCACAAGUUCUGGGAAACAGUGGACUAUCCAAGUACAUCGAACUUUUCAGAGAACAAGAGAUAUACGAUAUGGACACCUUGCUGUCACUGACUGAAAGUGACAUGCGCGAUCUCGGCAUGACAUUUGGAGCGAGGAGAAAGUUAGAACUGGAGCUGAAAAGUCGAAGAAUGGGCGACAGGUUCCGCAAAUCAGUUACUUUGAUUGCUCCUCAGCCAGCGAAUACUGAACGAAAUGGAUCACCGAUUGAAUCGAAAAUUUCUUACUUCUGAUCGAUUUGAGGUGAGGAUUGAAGAGCAGCGAACCAAGUUAUGCACAUUCAUUGACCGUUUUGAUGGUCAAUGUUUUAACCGUCAACUCUUUGCAUUGGAGACUUUUAAACUAAAUUCAGUUAAUUAAUAAACCUCUUUUUUUCAGAGGUGUGCUUUUGAACUGAUUAUCUAUUGGGUCACAGUAACUUAAACUCAUGGUCAGCUGUAACAUUUGUAAUAUGGAGCAAGCCGGAAGGCUAGUGUUUUUAGUUUCUGAUAUUUGAGCGCGUGCAAAUAAUUUCAAUUGAAGUAAUAUUUUAGUUAAUUUUAAUCUUACAUAUCUUCUUUUGUUGCUUGAAAAAUGUUGGCUUUUUGUUGAAUUUCUGCCAAAUUGACGAUGCUAGCUGUUUUACUAGGCUAAAUAACGGUUACGUAGCAGUAAGUAGACAACCGAG